AUGGCCACAAUUGCGUACGACCCUCUCCCCCAGCUCCGCGGUACCCAGAACUACCGCGUCUGGAAGGCAAGAAUGCACCAGGUCCUCGCGUCACAAGGCCUCAUCGACCGCUUGCAGAGCAAUGGCUCUUACUACGACUCGUCCGCUCAGCACCUUGAUGCGCUCGCCCUGCAGGCAGCGGAGCAGAGGGCAUUCGCCUUGCUUCUUGCUAGCAUUUCUGAUCAAGUCCUCGAGAGACUGCUAUACUUGGGCUGGAGCAGCGACUCGCGAAAUGCGUUUCUCCUGUGGAAGGCGGUCGAAGAACUUAGCGCCAGGGGCAUGCUUUGA